GAAUACUUUUCCGUGUGAGAGCAAAACUGCAUACCACCAAUACCAUAAUUCCUGAACGAAAAGAGUCCAUCCCAAGUUCCCCACUUUUCCACCGCUGGAUAAGGAGAGAGAUUCCAGGAAGACUUUGAAUCUAUCUCACAAACAAACAACAAACAAACCCAAACCCACCUUACUUUCUUUCUUAUUUAUCUCCUUUUCAAACUCUCUUUUAGCUCUGUGACUCACUCUCACAACAAAAUAUAAAUAUACAAACAGAGAGAGAGACUGCGCACACACAAACAGUCAAGAACCGCUCUCUUUCUUGAAUUGAUUCAGAGCAGUUCCCCUCUAAAUCAAUUUUGAGAUCCUCCUCUUUCCAUUCAUACAGGGAGUCAGAAAAAUUUUCUGUUGGGGACAAUGGCUGUUACUGUGAGACUCAUGGCUACGAUGGUAGCAUUACUUGGUAUAAUUUCCUUCAUAAUUGGUGUCAUUGCUGAAAACAAGAAGCCAGCAGCUGGAACUCCAAUCCAAGGGAAAGAUGUUGUUAUCUGCAAGUAUCCAUCUGAUCCAACUGUGGUUUUGGGGUAUUUGUCUGCAGCAUUUCUCAUUGCGACUACUGUGGUUGGGUAUUUCUCCCUGUUCUACCCUUACAAAGGAAAAUCUGUUCCACAAGGUGCUUUGUUUAGAAGCACCAGUUUUGUGGUAUUCUUCAACAUUGCCAUACUUACUGCUGGCUUAGCUGGAGCACUGCUCUUAUGGCCAACAAUCACAGAGCAACUUCACCUGUCACGCAAUGUUCAUCGCAAUCUCAACACAGAUUGCCCAACUGCCAAGACUGGUCUCCUCGGCGGUGGUGCUUUUUUAUCCCUUGAUUCAUCCCUGCUCUGGUUGGUCGCCCUUAUGUUAGCUGACAAUGCUCGAGAGGACUACCUUGAAGAACAUGAAAAGGAUCGUGUGGGUCAUGAGGCUGCAAAGGGCACAGUGUGAAGUAUUGUGUAAGCCAGCCUGCUCUUUGGGUUUAGGCUUCUCCAUUUGAUGCAUAUAAUAAUCAGAUUGUCAUUGAACAACUUCAUGGGAUUGGAGCUUGAUUGUAAAAACUAAAUAUUGUUCAUAAUAGUUCUGUUCUCUUUCAUGUUUUCGAUCUAUAGUUGUGGAUUGGCUUCUACUUUGUAGUACUAGAACGCAUAAUGGUUAAUUAGGUGGAAACUAUCAUUGCUUCUUA